AUGGCCUGUUGGAACAUGAGGCAGGGCGAUGGUUGGCUCUACCCGACGGCAGUCCUGUGUGUCUACGGAUUUCUUUCCAUGAUGAGACCAGCGGAGCCUUUCCUCGUUCCCUUCCUCACUGGACCACAGAAAAAUUUUACUGUUCAGCAGAUUUCAAGAGAUAUCUAUCCAAUAUGGGCAUACUCCAGUUUAUUCCUCCUAAUCCCCAUGUUUUUGCUGACAGACAUGUUGAGGUACAAACCUAUUGUUGUCUUGCAAGCGCUGGCCUAUUUGGUGUGCUGGCUCCUGUUCUCCUUUGGACAUGGCCUCUGGUCCAUACAGCUCGCCCUCUUUGCGUACAGCGUGGCAAUGGCAUGUGAUUUGGGCUACUUCUGCUACAUCUACAGCAUGGUCGGGCAGGAGCACUACCAGCGCGUGACCAGCUAUGCCAGGGCAGCGGUUUUACUCGGCUACGCAAUGGCCUCUCUGAUUAGCCAGCUGCUGGUGUCCAUUUGGAGAGUGUCCUUGUUCUGCCUGAAUGUGAUUACAAUCACUUGCCUGUGUGGGGCACUGUUGACCUCCUUGUUUUUACCCAUGCCCCAAAGAGGUGUUUUGCUAACGGAGUUCCAUGAUGAAACUGAAUCAAAAACAGAUUUGCCCACUCAAACAGCAUGGCGGAAAAGGUUCCAAAGGACUUGGAGAGGGCUGAGACAUAUGCUGGUGGACUGUAAAGAACACUACUCCUCUGUAGCCUUCUUGUUCUUUUGCAUUUGGUUUGUGAUGGGAAAGUGUGGCUACUAUCAGAUCUCUGAGUAUGUGCAGAUUCUGUGGAACCUGAAGAAACCGGAGAACUUCACAGUUUACAACGGAGCUGUUGAUGCAGUGGCGACUCUUUCAGGUGCGGCAGCAUCUGUGGCCGUGGGUCACACUACCCUGAACUGGUCUCUGUGGGGGGAGCUAUCCCUGGGUGUGUUCUCCACUCUCAGUGCUGGUUCUGUCUACCUCAUGGACCUCACCAGUAACAUAUGGAUUUGCUAUGCCUGCUACAUCAUCUUCAAGUCUAUCUACAUGCAACUCAUUACCAUCUGCGUUUUUCAGAUAGCGAAAACCCUGAGUAAGGAACACUAUGCGCUGGUCCUUGGUAUCAACAACUUUGCAGCAAUGGCUCUCCAGGCCCUUCUCACGGCAGUUGUGCUGAACACCAAGAGUCUUCAAUUAACUGUGGCCACCCAGUUCCUUAUAUAUGCAACCUACUUUGGAGUCAUUUCCCUGAUAUUCCUGAUCAGAGGAGUGUACAAUGUGUAUGCAACUAAACAGUCCCUGCUAGAAAGCGACAGCCAAGAAGAGCAAAUAAUUGAGGGACAGACUGGCUUACCAGAGGCAACAGAGGUUUAG